UCUGAAAAUGUGCAAACUGCACGGAAUCGCGGACUGCGGCACUGAGCACUGACCCGAUCUUCCGCGCCUUAUGUAGUGCGCAGUCAAUGAUUUAUAAUUUAUAUGUGUAGCAAUCAUGGCGAAUCCUAGGAAGUUUAGUGAAAAAAUUGCCCGUCAUAAUCAGCGACAGGCCGAAGAAACAGCUGCUUUCGAGGAAAUCAUGAAGGAAGUAAUACAAGUCAGAUCGAAGGUGGUCCCCGAUUCCGAAAAAAAUACUCUUCAUAUCAACACGCAGGCGUUGGGAGCCUUCAGGGGUGGUUCCCUCCCCAACGUGUCUACCGGCCACCCCAGCGUCAAGUGUCCGCAACAAAAUUGCGGAUCCGCAAAGGGGAUGGUGGAUAGAAAUGCUGAUCCUUCGCACAGAGCUUGGAACAUGUCGAUGGUGAACGGUCCGGAUAGGGGUCAAGAGGGAAGACCGAGAUCUAGUUGCGACAUACCUUCUCGAGUUCCUGGAAUUAGCAUUCAUCCAUCAGCGCAUGAUCCUAGUUUGGUACAAAUACCGAUAGCAAAUAAUACAGGUUCGUUGCCCGACUUGACGAACGUCGAUUUUUCAUCUCCAAUCCACGCACCUCUUGAUCAAGAUCACGAUAGUUCUCCCUAUAGUUCUAGUCCUGUAAAUACCAGUCCUUCUACACUAUCCCCCACAAGUAUACACCCCGGCGUUAGACCGGCUGGCCGAGUUCCAUUUUCACCGGUUUUUCACACACAUUCGAAUCAAUUAACAGUACCAUUUAGCGCUAGAUAUCACCAGCACCAAGAAGAUACAAAUAAGAACAUCCAAUUAGAUAAGAAUGUCAUCAACAUGGUAGAUUCGUCAAAUUUCCAACAACUCCACGGCUGGUACCAUCAAGGCCCUCCCACCUCGACGUCACCGACGUUACAGCAAACGGCCGACUACAGGAGUCCUAGGCCGAGCCCCCAGUCAUCACCGAGCCCCGGGGGGCGUCAUUCGGCACCUUGUAGCCCCGGAGCUCCGAGUCCUUUACCCAACGAGUUCCAUAUACCGCAGUUUGGACAGUUAUCAAUGAUGGACCCUCCGAACAACGUCAUGUUCGAUCAGACGUCGACUGGUCAGCAGAUGGCGCAGUCGCUGCCCCAACAGACGAUGGGCGAUGCGACUUGCGUAGCCAACAUCGACAUGAUCCCCGACGCGGGCUACUACAGCACUUCCCCGCAACUCGUCUAUCCGUCCGCAUCUCCAGGACAACACGCCACACCGAACACCUCUCCAGGUCUGCCUGAAAUCAUACUCACAGACUUUUCAGGCGACGACGGGUCAAGGCAGUUGGUGUCGGAAUUGUUUUCCGAGGAGUCGCUGAAAGAAGGGCUGGGGUCUCUAGAUCUGGAAGCGUUCCAACUGUUGACGAAUUCUUCGAUGGGCAUAUCGGAGAAUAUCGAAGACAAUUUCAGAUUAGAUCAUCGCUCAUAAUAACGGGGUUCACUGCCAACUCUGAAAAAAUUAGUAAAUAUGUCUGCUGAUACGUCUGAGCAUUUUUUUUACUACAUCUUCGAACAAUUUCUUGAUAUAUACGAUGUGAAUUAUCAUCGGUGAUCGUGGGGGCCUGUCGGCAUAUUAUUGCCAACCAUAAAAACUUGAGACAGGUCAGAGGAAAGCGUUGAUUAUGCGCGAACGAUCCAUUCUAGGUUUUAGUGCUCUUUUAUUAAUAUUAUGUAAUAAAAUGUGUACAGUUGA